AUGGAACACUUGGAGCUCGUGGCCCACGCCAAAGAGUUUGACGAGUCCCUUCACCACCAUCAAGAAGAGGCGGCGCACGUCUCCCACGACAACGCGGCCAACCAUGCCACCACUUCGGCAGAGAAACCGCCGCGCGCUGCUCACGACGUAGACAAGCAAGAGCCCGCCAACACCGCCGCACCGCAUCCGAUCGACGCAGCGACGACGAGCAUUGACCCCGACAAUGCACCCGCAAAGGACCGCGGUUGGGCCGCCUGGCGCUUCGUGCUCGCGUCGGCGACGAUGGAGUUCAUGGUGUGGGGCGCCUCGUACGGCUACGGCUCCUUCCAGGACUACCACCAGCACAACGACGCCUCGCCCUUCCACACGGCCUCGCUCACCUCGACCUCGUCCAUCGGCACCACGUUGCUCGCCGGGCAGCACUUUAUCCCGCUCGUCGCCUUCGGCCUCUACUCGAUGUUCCCCUCGCUCAUCAAGACGUUCACCUACACCUGCGUCGUUGCCUCGGCACUCUCGCUGCUCAUCGCCAGCUUCGCCCAGUCGGUGGCGCUGCUCAUCGUCUUCCAGGGCCUGCUGCUCGGCAUCUUUGGCGGCAACCUCUUCACCACCACCAUCCUCUGGCUGCCCAACUGGUUCGACAAGAGGCGCGGCUUUGCCACCGCGCUCAUCUUUGCCGGCUCGGCCGUCGGCGGCAUCCUGUGGCCGAUUCUGUUUACACAGAUGCUCGAGCGCAUCGGGUUCCGGUGGACACUCAGGGCGUGGGCGCUCAUGCAGCUCGUCGUGACUGGCGGCGCAGUAUCGUGCCUCCAGCCCGGCUGCAGGCUCGAAAGCACCCAAAGGCCGAUUCGGUGGAAGCGUAUCGUACCCGGCUUUCCGCGCUCGCUCCUCUCGCCGCUCACCCUGCUCAACGCCGGCGUGAUCCUCACCCAGACCACAGCGUGGUACUCGGUGUCGCUCAACAUCUCCAACUACGCCACCGCCAUGGGCUUCAGCAGCGCCACCUCCACGGGCGUGCUCUCGGCAUUCAACGCUUCGGCGGCGGUGACGUACUUUGUGCUCGGCUACCUCGUGGACCGCUUCCCCUACCCGCUCAUCAUGGCCACCUCCACCACGCUCAACCUCGUCUUCACCGUGCUCGUUUUCGGGUUUGCCGGCGGCUCGCUCACCAAGAUCAUCGUCUACGUCGUCUUCUUCGGCAUCUCGGGCGGAGGGUUCAGCUCGUUCCUCACGCCCAUGUCGCGCGAGAUCAAGGACAAGGCGCAGUCGGACGAGUUUUCGCUGCGCUUCCUCUACCUCGUCUGCAUCCGCGGGCUCGCAGCCAUGUGCGGACCCAUCAUCGCGGUGCAGUUCUACCCGGACCAGCUGAGCAAGCCGUCGGCGUACGGCAGCUUCGGCUUCACGCCCUUCAUCGCCUUCAUCUCGGCCACGCUGGCGAUUUCGACGCUGGCGUCGCUCGUCGUGUUUGUCUACAAGCGCUACAACCAGCCGCGGCUGCAACGGCGCAAAGCCAGCCUACCUGUCACGCCGCCGCCCGAGCCCAGCUCCGCGGUGUGA